CUGGAUUGUACUGAAGACAGAGAUACACAGGCUGAAAUGGUGACAUAAACUACUAGAAUUGAAUUGGAAUAAAUUCUGAAACUCUUUAUAAUCUCAAUGCAGUCAGAACUGGAAAGCAUCUUGGCCUGACUUACAACAUGACUUUUAUUGUGAAACUUCAUAGACAUUUUCAACGAACAGUAAUCUUACUAGCUACAUUUUGUAUGGUCAGCAUUGUUAUUUCAGCAUAUUAUUUAUACAAUGGCUACAAGCAAGAAAAUGAAGCUUCUGAACUUUCUUCAGAGGUUGAAUGUGGGGACCUUCCAAUGCUGCUAUCUCCAUGGAAGAUGAUUAAGCCCAGUGAACCACUAAGGACUGACCCUGUUGUGCUUGUAUUUGUGGAAAGUCAGUAUUCUCUACUUGGUCAAGAUAUAGUCAUGAUAUUAGAAUCCAGCAGGUUUCAAUAUCACAUAGAGAUUGCUUCUGGUAAAGGUGACCUUCCUGUACUGAUAAAUAAAAAUAAAGGCAAGUAUCUUCUAAUAAUAUAUGAAAAUAUUUCUAAAUAUGUGAAUAUGGAUUCCUGGAAUCGGGGCCUUCUAGAUAAAUACUGUGGGGAAUUCAGUGUAGGAAUGAUUGGGUUUCAAAAAAGCAAUGAUAAUACUUUGCAGACUUUUAAGUUAAAAGGUGUUCCUUUCCAGAUUCAUGGCAAUGUAGGUAUAAAAGACUGUUGCAUCAAUCCUCAUUCUCCUUUGCUCCAUCUAACAAAACCAUCCAAGCUUGAUAAAGGGCCUUUGCCUGGAAGUGACUGGACAGUUUUCCAUAUAAAUCAUUCAGCUUACCAACCUGUUGUAUUUGCAAAAGUAAGAGUACCUGAAAACCUCCCUCUGGCUGCUAUUAAAAAUGUUCUACAUGCCACAGUUAUUCAUGACUUGGGUCUUCAUGAUGGAAUUCAGCGUGUUCUUUUUGGUAACAAUUUGAACUUCUGGCUGCACAAACUCAUCUUUAUUGAUGCUCUCUCAUUUUUGACUGGAAAGAGACUUUCAUUGUCCCUGGAUAGAUACAUACUUGUAGAUAUUGAUGACAUCUUUGUUGGAAAAGAGGAAACAAGAAUGAAAGCCAGUGAUGUUCAGGGAACUAUGUGGCAAGAUUUACCUGGUAUUGCCACUUGCCAGAAUGCUUCUAAUAUGAUUGCAUUGCCUAGAAAGUCCAUCAGUGCAGGACAGGGGCCUAACAAAGAGUACCCUGCCCAGGAAAUGGCCCUGAGCAAGUUGUAG